CUGUGUCUGUCACAUGCACGGACGUUGAGUGGAGACGGAACCAAUGUGCCAGGGAGCAGUUCCUGUGGGGUACGGUGUUUGCGGCGCACCACGCCGACAGAGGCUCGAGCAGACAUGGAUGAUCUGGGCUGUCCACGGUGUAAGACCACUAAAUACCGCAACCCUUCCCUGAAGCUGAUGGUGAACGUGUGUGGGCACACUCUGUGUGAAAGCUGUGUUGAUCUGCUGUUCGUCCGAGGUUCUGGUACUUGUCAGGAAUGCAAUACUCCACUCAGGAAAAGCAACUUCCGAGUGCAGCUUUUUGAAGACCCCACAAUCGACAAAGAAGUGGAGAUUAGAAAAAAAAUACUGAAAAUAUACAAUAAGCGUGAAGAAGACUUUCCAUCUCUUAGAGUAUACAAUGAUUUUUUGGAAGAAAUUGAGGAAAUAGUGUUUAACCUGACCAAUAAUAUGGAUAUUGAAGACACUAAAAGAAAAAUAGAGCAGUACCAAAAGGAAAACAAAGACACAAUUCAAAGAAACAAAGUAAAACUGACCAGGGAGCAGGAGGAGCUGGAGGAAGCUCUAGAAGUGGAGCGACAGGAGAAUGAACAGCGGAGAAUCCUACUACAGAAAGAAGAACAACUUCAGCAAAAGAUGAAACGAAAGAAUAAGCAGGAGCUGCUGGAUCAGCUGGAGACUUCUCGACUUCCUGCAUCUAUUCUCUUGGCCCAGCACAAAGGUAAAACUACCCAGAUUGAAAUGCAGGUGGAGAGGGCGAAACCAACCGUCACAUUUUCCACUGGCAUCAAAAUGAUGGUGGCUUCAUUCUUUAUACACAUUUGUAGUCGAUUUUCUGAAGUUUCAAGUCUCUCGGCGGGUCAUUUCCAGCGUUAUUGCUGCAAUUUCUUGGCCCAUAGCAGCCUUCAGUUCAUUAAUGAUUCUUGGUCGAUGUUUAUAGACCUCAGCUUUCAGAUGGCCCUAAAGAAAAAAGUCAAAAGGGCGAUAUCCGGUGAUUGUGCAGGCCACCCAACGUCACCACCUAAUGAGAUCAAGUGCCCUGGGAACAUCUUACAAAACUUCUGUUGAGCAUUUUGCUAUGUUAGCAAAUGUCCCAUUCUGUUGAAACCACAGACAUGGAUUUCCAAGUCCGGUGAAUUUUGGUUCCAAGAAGUUCUGUAGCAUCGUAGCCGAUGGGACGUUACUAUAACAGUUUGGCCUUCCUCCUCAAACAAGUAAGGACCAUAAUCUGCAACAGCACAACAAACAGAGGCCUUUCAUGAAGCUGAUGAGGAUUAUUUCUCGCCCAGUAAUGAAAAUUCUGCUUGGUAACGUAGCCAGACAAAUGAAAAUAAGCUUGGUCAUUUGUGAGCAGAGCUGCAUGUAAAAUGAAAAUCGACGUGUAAAAUUUUCCUGAUGGUUUAGUUUAGUCAGACAACCCCAAAGCAGAAGCAUGUUUAUGGUCUGAAUGUUUGGGAGAUAGUACGAUAGGGAGAUAGUCUUAGUGUCCAAUCGCUCCAUGGUCUUCCAGGUGGUUUUAAUUUGAACGUGGAACAUGUGUCCCUUAAAUUUGCAACCCAUAUCAAUAUGCUUAUUGGUCCCGAACAGCAGCAUUUCAACAAAGUGGUUUUGAAAAGCUCUCUGCAUGGCAAUCACAGAUUUGUUGUUUUCAAUAAAUGAUUCAAUAGUGAACGCACAGUACACACCUAUCCAAGCCAUGACUCUAACUGAAAAUAGUAAGGCAUGUUAUUGGAAGACUCCACUUCGAUCCGCCCCUCUUCCCUUGUGCCGAGCUAAUGGCUGAGCGAAAUUCUGGAGUUUUUUUUGCAGCACCCUGUAUAAAGACAUUUAUUUUCUGCACUUACAUUUAGUAGUAUAGUAAGGGACACUACAGAAAGGACACUGUAAUCUUUACAUUAAAAAAGAAGACUGGGAAGCCAUAAUUGCCAAUUUAUACUUUCAUAUUGGAUAUCCAUUAGCACUUGGUUUUUGUUUUGCUUUAUAUCAAAAUCAGGAAUUUUUAAUUGCCUAUAUUACAGUAUAUUGGUUAAGAUAGCCAACUUAAGUGAUGCUGUGUGUCUGCUGCAGAAAGUAUUGUACAUUUCAGUUUUUGUAUGAAUGUAAUACAGCAUUGUGUAUAUACACAUCCGAGCUCCUGGCAGUACAGUAACCAGAUCAGGCUAUCACACCUACCCUCUCUCAUAACACUUUCCUACUACAGGCAGUCUGCCUUCUACUAAACAGAGGGUGGUAUAAGGAUGGUAUACAGUAUAUUGCAGAGACUGCUCCAAUCAGAGAUAGCUAGUCCAGCUGCCUUGCCUGCCACUGUUACCCAAUCAUUGAGCUUUGUUUAAUUAAAUAUGCUUUGAAUAUUAAUCUCUUUAAGAAGGCAAAGAUCAUGUUACCUAAAGAUCAUCUUACCAUUGUGCUGGUUAUUCGCAUUGUCCUUUUAUUUCCGUACAUAGAUGGUGCAGUGUGCAGCAAAGCUACGAGUAUUUAGAAACACUGGUGCAAGUGGCAGUGUGGGCUCUGCUGCUGAGAUGUGGCAUGGUCCUAAUGUGAGGUGUAUUGUAGUCCUAACUUCCUGUCUUCCUUUGCGAGGUGUAUGUAUAGUAGGUGCUCUAGGUGGAGGGAGAUGUUCAGAGUUGAAACUGUGGGGGGUGGGGGAUCAGUAUUAAUAGCAACUAUUAAAUAAACUUAUUUUUCAUUCAUAGGGGUACUUUGUCAGCGCACCUCAGAAAUAUGUAUUUCUCCUUCAUUUGUACCUAGUAAGAAA